AGAAUUUGAAUUUUUGAGUAGAAAGUGGUUCAGACGAUUACGAACAGGAUGGUAGCAAGAAUGUGUAGUAAUUGGUGAUCGCUCUAUCAAGCCGAUCCCUACUCGCCGAUAAUUUGAGAUUUUCUUAGUUUUGAAAGAUGCUGCGGUGCUCCGUUCUUUUGGCUGUCACGUUUCGGAUGGUGACUGGUCUCACCGAUCGACCAAUCAUCGGAAUUAUGACGAUGGAACUGGAAAAAAGUCUGGAAGCGUCGUAUCCAGGCUAUGACGUAUACAUAGCUGCCUCCUACGUCAAAGCGGUCGAAGGAGCUGGCGCCAGAGUUGUCCCCGUUUUUACCGGUCAGAGUGAAAGCUACUACAGAAAAAUAGCUCAAUCCGUGAAUGGAAUUUUAAUUCCCGGUGGGGGAGCCCAAUUUAGUGGAACUGAUAACUUCUAUGCGGCCACAAAGACCAUGUACAACAUAGCACUUGAGAUGAACGAGAAAAAGAUACAUUUCCCGAUUUUGGCCGUUUGUCUUGGGUACCAAUUGAUUGCACAUCUGGCCAAUAACGACCAAAGCCUCUUAAAAAGGUGUGAUAUCAUCCACACGAACAUGAAUUUGAAAUUUUUACCGGGUUUUCGGAAAGGAUCUCUCCUCAAAUCCAUCCCGAAACAAAUAUCGCGUGCGUUGGAAGGAAGCAACAUCACCGUACACAACCACAAUUGGUGCAUAUACCCGGACGAUUUCAGAGCAGCUUUAGAUAAAGAUUGGAAAAUUCUUGCGACAACGGACGAUCUCCAAGGAGUGCCUUUUAUUUCGGCGUACGAGCAUAGGAAGCACCCCAUUGGUGCUGUUUUAUUCCAUCCAGAGAAGAACAUUUACGAGUGGGGCAGGGUUUUGAACUUCCCGCGUUCGCCAAAAGCAAUCGCAGCCUCCCGCUACUUUUACGACUGGCUCGUCGGAGAAGCCAAGAAAAAUAACAACUACUUCUCGGAGCUUCACCUGGAGCAAGAGUCCCUCAUUUACAACUUCGAGGCCUUUCACAGCGAGCUUUUUUAUCCGACCACGCACUCUAAUUUCACGCACACGUAUUUGUUCAAUACCAAGUAUUUGGACGUAAAAUGAUGUGGUUUAGCCGUCCCAUCUCAUUUCCUUUUUUUAAAAGUAAAAUUACAUUUAUUGACACCCUACACAUCGAGAAUGACCUGCGAGUAGUUCAUUCCAAUUUGUACGAGAAAAGACCAACAUACAUGUUGGCCAGGAUGUAAUGCUGGCGUAAUUACAGAACCAAAAGAGCCAUUGAGAGUCUGAUCUGAUAUGAUAUCAAAAGAUAAGACAAAACUAAAAAUCGAGCCAGAGUUUACCGAAGGAGGAACUUAAAUUAUUAAAGAUUAAGAAUGAUUAAGAAGAAAGAUUAAGAAACUAUUAUUUGUAUGUACGACAUUCUCGAGAUGACGGGCUGUCACAAGUACCCUUGAUUAGUCUGGAUUUCAAGUGGGCUCAAAAUUUAGCUUCAAUCAAUAGUGCAGAAAAUUUCGACGGAGAUAAUUAAUCGUCAAAAUUCAUUGAAGGAUUUAUGGACGUCACAAGAGGUACCGCAACCAAGCAUUGCUGGAACGUCUCUGCGUGAUCAAUAGCUUAUUCAAAUCAGUAAGGUGUAUUCCUAGUUUUAGUGCUUUUAUUCAACGGUAUUAAUUGACAAUCAUUAGUUCACUAACAAGUCAACCAAAAUUUAUUGGUAUAAUCCUCAAUCAAUAUGAAAAAAGUGUAGGCUCUCUAAAUGCAGAUAAUGAGAGUAUCUGCGUAUGUAAUUGAAGUAUUGGGUUUAUGUAACUGUUGCAAGUAGAUAGUAAAACAAUCAUUCCAUCAAAAA